CGGUCGUCCAAUGCAUAAGCUCCUUAAGUGCAUCCGUCUUAUUGACUGCUCUCUCAUCCCAUCAUGGCCAAAUUAUUCCCGGUCGACCACAGCCUGACCUCCUUCUGGCGGUCGGAGCCCGAUCCUUUGGACAACUUUCGCUCUACGGAGACUUUGCCGGAAAUAAGCGACAUUGUCAUCAUUGGAGCUGGGUAUGCUGGGGCUACGACUGCGUAUCAUUGUCUUGAACGCAGUCGACUCGCAUCGGCCGACAAGCCCUCCAUUGUGAUCCUCGAAGCACGGCAGGCAUGCUCGGGGGCCACCGGGCGCAAUGGCGGCCAUCUGAAGCCUGACGUAUUCAAUCGCAUCGGUAAUUUGGCCAAUGAGUAUGGGCUUGAGGCGGCGGCCGAAGUCGCCGCAUUUGAGAUGGACCACAUCUCUGCCAUCCAAGAACUAGUCGAGAAGGAGAAGAUCGACUGCGACCUGGAAGUGAACCGAGUGUGCGAAGUCCAGUACGACCAGAACCAAUUCGCGAAAGUCAAGGCUGGAUAUGAUUUCCUUGUCUCCAAGGGCGUGGAGACAAUCAAGGAUGUCGGAUACACUCCACCUGAACUGGCAGAGGCUGAAUCUGGUGUGAAGGGAGCUCUGGCUUGCUUUAGCCAGCGCACCGCCCGACUCUGGCCAUACAAACUCAUCAUCCAUCUUUUGAAGCAGGCUGUUGCCGCUGGAGUAAACCUUCAGACACACACUCCGGUCACGAACGUGUCUGAAACGCCAGAUGCUGAUGGAUGUUGGACGGUGACGACUGAUCGAGGCUCAAUCCGCGCCAAAUGGGUGGUCUUCUCAACCAAUGCAUACACGUCGGCGAUUGCACCGGAAUACAAGGAUAAGAUCAUCCCAGUGCGAGGAUUCUGCAGUCGCAUUGUGGUACCCAACCCACCUACAAAGCCGCUCGAACGCUCGUACAUGCUGCGCUUCAAUGCCUGGAACUAUGACUACCUCAUUCCGCGGCCGGAUGGGAGUAUCGUCGUAGGGGGAGGGAAAUCCACCUUUUUCCACCAGGACCAAGACAGCUGGUAUAACAACAUUGACGACAGCCGAACGGUCGAGGCGGCAGCGCGAUACUUUGACAACUAUAUGCAGAGACACUUUCAUGGAUGGGAGAACACGGGGGCAUACACCGACCGUGUCUGGUCAGGGAUCAUGGGUUAUAGCACCGAUUCACUGCCACACGUCGGACACGUUCCAAACAAGCCGGGUCAGGUCAUCGUGGCUGGUUUCACCGGACAUGGAAUGCCACAGGUAUUUCUCUCGACUCGGGGCAUAGCACAAAUGAUUGUCGACGGGACAUCGUAUGAGGAGACAGGAUUGCCGCGGCUAUUCAAGACGACGACGGAACGGUUGCAGAGUCGGCGCAAUAACAUUCUGCCCACCCCUGUGGUUGGGAGUAAACUCACCUAUAGUCGCGCCGAUGACCGUUCCUUGGGCAAAGGAGUGCGUCUAACGCAAUGUCCGCGCUGCCAGCGGUUCGCGGACAAAUACGUCGAGUACGAUUUCGUCGUGAUCUUCAUUGAUCUCGUCCUAAUCAAGCCGCAGGUGUAUCGACACCUGCUAUUCAACCGACUCGGGGGAGACGACAACCAAUUCGAUCGUUCCAUAAUCCGUCUAGGAAUCCUACUCCUUCUAUUCGACGUCUACCUGACAUGGGCACGGAUUGAGAAAUCCCCAUCACUCGCUACCACCUUCCUCUCGCGUGCGCCCAUCAUCGUCCAAUACCUCUUUUUCCUGAGUCUGAAUGCGCUCGCGACUCUUGCCCACCACCUCACCAUCCGCCUUCUGGCAUCAAUCCUCGCUCCAGUACCGCGUGGAUUCGCAGGUCCUUCUCAACAUAAUGCCAACAACAAUGCGACAGAGGCGGCCGUCUUCUCCAAUCCCUCAACCCCAGUGCUUCCAUCAUUUCCGUCCCAGACCACCACCCAAACCCAACUCUCCCCUACGCCGAACUCGACCUUGAGUCCACCAAAGCUCACCCCGCAAGUCUCCUCCAACGAUGUAUCAACGGUAGCCAGCGCUUCAGGCAGUGACCUUCACCACCUUCCCCCCUCCACGCCACAGGGAUCCUUCCCCGCCCUUCCACCCCCUCUGCGUCGCGCUUCCACAGCCCCAGCACAAAGCAUCCGACCCCUCCCGCCGCCCUCCCCGGCCAGCCCAACCGCCAUCAGCACCGCACUACUCGUCAGCAGCUGCGCGAAGCUCUUCCCCAUCCUCCUCGUCAUCUGGGGACCCGACGGCAGCGGGAAUGCAUCUAGUGUCUCUGGCUCCAACAACACCCGACUCAGCGCCGGCAGCCAGACAACCAUCCUCCAACAGACGCUAGACGACGCCGGGCUCGCACCCGCGGCGACUCUCACCGCCGCUCAACCAACCGCAACGGGUUCCCAUUCUCUGUCUGGCUCGUCCUCGCUUCUGGAGAGUCUCAUCAGGAUCAUGCCCGAGUCCGUACCGACCAACUAUCUCGCCAGCUUUAUCGAGCUAAUUGGACCACUUCUCUCUUUGGGCGCCGCAGACACGCAUCUCGUGCUGCUGAGCAACAUCGAAGCAUUGUACAUUCUUCUAGGAUGCGGAUACCUGCGCGCCGUGGCAUUAGCGGUGGCGGGAUUGGCUGCUCGAUGGACUGUACAGAGGGUGAUCUUAGGAGCAGUUGGAGUAGGCUAAUUUACAUAGACAUACAUAGACUAAUACCACAUAC